AGCGGUGCGGGCGUAGUUCGCUAGAAGUAUUGGUCAGAACACAGCGUCCUAACGCACAGCUCCAAACGGCCGUGAUUAUAUUAAUCAUUGCGAUAUAUUUGUGUUUAUAAAUUUAAACGUUUGUGCUUUGAAAUUUUGAAAAAAAUGGAAGCUAAGGAGUUCAAGGAUUUCGCGAAGGCAAUGGCUGAUUACAUCGCCGAGUACUUGGAAAAUAUACGCGACAGGCAAGUGGUGCCCUCAGUGAAGCCAGGGUAUUUAAGACCCUUGGUACCGGAGCAGGCUCCAGAGAAGCCUGAACCCUGGACGGCCGUAAUGGCUGAUAUUGAGAGAGUGGUUAUGUCAGGAGUUACCCACUGGCAUUCCCCACGUUUCCAUGCCUAUUUCCCCACUGCCAACUCCUAUCCAUCGAUCGUUGCAGAUAUGUUAAGCGGAGCCAUCGCCUGCAUUGGUUUCACCUGGAUCGCAAGUCCAGCUUGCACCGAGCUUGAGGUGGUGAUGCUGGAUUGGCUAGGCCAGAUGCUGGGUCUGCCAGAAGAAUUCUUGGCUCGCUCUGGUGGCGAGGGCGGUGGCGUCAUUCAGGGUACAGCCAGUGAAGCCACAUUGGUCGCUCUGUUAGGAGCUAAGGCCCGAGCGAUGCAGAGGACUAAGGAACAGCAUCCAGACUGGACGGAAGUUGAAAUCCUGUCCAAACUUGUUGGAUAUUGUAAUAAACAAGCUCAUUCGUCUGUCGAGCGAGCUGGUCUCCUCGGUGGAGUAAAGCUCCGCAGCCUGAAGCACGAUGAAAAGAGACGCCUGCGCGGAGAUACCUUGAAAGAGGCUAUCGACGAAGAUAUCAAGAAUGGAUUGAUACCGUUUUAUGUCGUCGCAACCUUAGGCACAACAUCAUCGUGCGCUUUCGACGCUCUGGACGAGAUAGGCGACGUCUGCAAGUCGCAUGAUGUGUGGCUUCAUGUGGACGCAGCCUACGCCGGCUCCGCGUUCAUCUGUCCAGAGUACCGCCACCUCAUGAAGGGAGUCGAAAAGGCUGAUUCGUUCAACUUCAACCCUCACAAGUGGAUGCUGGUUAACUUCGACUGUUCCGCCAUGUGGCUGAAACAGCCGCGUUGGAUCGUUGACGCCUUCAACGUCGAUCCUUUAUACUUGAAACACGACAUGCAAGGAUCAGCGCCGGACUACCGUCACUGGCAGAUACCUCUCGGAAGACGCUUCCGAUCCCUUAAACUAUGGUUCGUGUUGAGACUGUAUGGAGUUGAGAACAUUCAGAACUUCAUCCGUAAACAUAUUGGACUGGCUCACCUUUUCGAAAAACUCUGUCUUGAUGACGAAAGAUUCGAACUUUUCGAAGAGGUCACUAUGGGCUUAGUUUGCUUCAGACUCAAAGGUGAUAAUGAAACUAAUGAGGCUCUCUUGAGACGUAUUAAUGGACGCGGGAAGAUUCAUCUUGUACCUUCAAAAGUGGAUGACGUUUAUUUCCUAAGAUUUGCUGUUUGCUCGCGUUUCACUGAAGAAAGUGAUAUUCAAAGUUCGUGGGAAGAAAUAAAGACAUCGGCUGAUGAAGUCCUAGCAGAAAAAUAGAUUAUGAAAUAUUUCUUCAACAAAACAGAUACAUAAAUGAAGUAGAUUAUUAAUGUUCAUAGCUUAUGACGAUUGUUUGCUUAUUUAUUGAUGAUACUGUGUAAGUAGUUUGAUUAUAGGGUAUUAGACAUUUGACGAAGUCGUAUUAGAUAUGAUUUAUAAUUAUUCAUUUAUUCUAAGCAUACUUUAUGAAAGAUAAUAUUGAAAUUAAAUUCACCCUCCUUUGUACACUUUAGUAUAAACACAUACAUUUAUAUUUUAACUUGAUAUGUUUUGUGUUUUAUCGUUGAUUGAUUCCAGUGUGGUUAGUAAGAGUAUGCAUUUAAAUUUAAAACGCAUAUACAAAUAUCGGUUUAGAUUUAAAACUGCAACGAUGCAAAAUUGCAUUAGUGAUUAGGCUCACUUAUUUGUUACAUGAGUUGGAAAUAAAAUGUCAAAUAUUUAUUCAUCGAAAUGGUAAUGAGUAUCAGUGUCAGCUCAAAAUCUGUUCUUCCUUGUUAUAAAAAUAAGUAUAUUUUGUUGAAUUGCGUUACGUCUGAUGGGAUCAAAAUUUACGUACCUGUUGAGAACUAUAUUUAAUGGACCAUAUAAAUUUUUAACAAAAUAUUUCUUGGUGUUGUAUAAGAAAUCGUUUAAUAGACUCUCGUUUGAAUCAAUCUUACGCGAGUACAUGUUAUGUUUUUUUUUCAUAAUUAAUAUAUAAAUGUAUAUUUCUAGUUAUCGCGACUGCAAUAAAAUUGUCGUAUAGGAAAAUAUUUAAUGUUUAUAUGAUAUAUUAGUAAAUUGUUAUCAAGCAUAUGUUUACAAGCAUUUUUUUUGUAUACGCAUUUGCUUAGCUCCGUUUGUCCAAUAAAUAGUUAGUCAUUGUGAUGUUAUGUAUGCUUAUCUUAUUACGUAAUAUUAUAGUAAAUAGUAAUGAUUGAAA